AUGGGUUACUUUCAAAAUUUUAUUGAUAGCUUCAAACCUGCCGUCGUUGAUGACCUUGUGUACCAUAUUCCUGAGAACACUAAGCCGGAAGACUAUGACGCUGCGAUCGGGGGCGAUAAACACUCAGUGUAUGCCCAAAGUGCCAGUGCUGUUGAUUUGAAAAGUCGCCCUCUCCGUAAGAACUUGAAAUCGCGUCAUCUUGCUUUUAUUGCCCUUGGUGGUGGUAUCGGAACGGGUUUGUUUAUCGGUUCUGGAUCUACUCUUUCAACCGGUGGACCAGGGAGUAUUAUUAUCGAUUAUACUCUCAUGGGUAUAAUGAUCUUGACAGUUCUUUUUGCUCUCGGUGAGCUUGGAUCCAUGUAUCCCGUUCCUGGUGCUUUUGCCGAGUACAGUUCUCGUUUUAUUGAUCCAGCUCUUGGAUUUGCCAUCGGUUACAAUUACAUGAUGCAAUGGCUCGCUACUUUCCCAUUGGAGUUUGUAGCUGCUACGCUUGUGAUUGGUUUUUGGAAUGAACCUGAAGUUGUGCCAAAAGGUGCCAUUAUUGCCAUCUUCUGGGUUUUCAUUAUUCUUGUUAACUUAUUCGGCGCCCGUGGUUAUGCCGAAGUGGAAUUCACUGCGACUUCCAUCAAAAUGAUCACCCUAGUUGGUUUUAUCAUUUGUGCGAUUGUAAUUGAUUGCGGUGGAACUCCUAGUGGCCAUUAUUUGGGCGCUGGAACUUGGUACAAGCCGGGUGCCUUCAACAACUCUUUCAAAGGUUUCUGCAGUGUUUUUACUACCGCCGCUUUUGCUUUCUCUGGAACAGAAGUUGUCGGGCUUGCGGCUGCUGAGUCUAGUAAUCCGCGAAAGUUUCUACCCCGGGCAUGCAAACUAGUGGUAUAUCGUGUGGUUAUCUUUUAUGCCCUUACACUCUUUAUGCUUACGCUUAUUGUUCCAUCGGAUUACCCCGGUCUUCAUGGUAAGAAUGCGUACGACCCCAACACGUCUCCGUUCGUACUCGCUAUCCGCAUUGGCGGCAUCAAGUCAUUGCCUAGCAUUGUGAAUGCCGUUAUUUUCCUCUCUGCGCUUUCUGUGGCUAACUCCUCUGUCUUUGCUGCCAGCCGUACUUUCCAUGCUUUGGCCAUGCAGGGCAAAGCGCCUAAAAUCUUCUCGUAUGUGGAUCGCGAGGGUCGGCCUCUUUUCGCUGUCAUGCUGUGUCUUCUAUUUGGCUUGCUUGGCUUUUUGAUCUAUUCCACCAGUGAGGCUGAAGUUUUCGACUGGCUCAUCGGUAUCUCUGGUCUCUCCGUGCUUUUCACGUGGGCUUCGGUCUGUGCGUCGCAUAUCCGAUUCCGGGCAGCCUGGAAACGGCAAGGGCACACGCUCGAAGAGAUUCCAUGGGUAUCUCCUCUUGGCACCAUUGGAAGCUGGAUCGGUAUUGCCUUCAACACGCUCGUUGUUAUCUCACAAUUUUACGUUUCUGCGUUCCCAAUUGAUGAAGGCACAUACAGAAGCACUGAUCGAGCCUACCAUUUCUUCCUGGGCAUGAUCUCGCUCCCCAUCUUUCUUACGUCCUAUGUUUCAUACAAAGUAAUCAAGCGUACGAAAUUUAUUCGCUUGGAGGAUAUCGAUCUCGUGUCAGGUCGCCGUGAAAAAGAAUCUGUCGAAGUGCUGGAGCAGGAACGCGCUGAAAUGCGAAAGCUGGUAGGAGUUGAUGUAUUUACAUCUUCCAUGGCUAUCAAAAAUGAAGAAGGUGAGAUUGAAAUUGUCCCGGAAAAAGCUGCUUUAAAGCGUGCUUUAAAGGGCCGUCACAUUCAAUUUAUCGCGCUUGGUGGUAGCAUUGGUACCGGUCUCUUUAUCGGCUCUGGCUUCAACUUAUACACCGGUGGCCCCGGCUCACUGAUGGUGGCAUAUAUUAUUGUUGCUGUUAUGAUGAUUACUACUAUUUUUGGCUUGGGUGAAAUGGCUGCCGCGCUUCCUGUUGAGGGUUCGUUCACUACAUACUCUAUCCGCUUUAUCGAUCCAUCUUGGGGCUUCUCUAUGGGUUGGGUAUACUUCCUGCAAUGGCUAGUUACUUUCCCCUUGGAAGCAACGGCAGCCACAAUGAUUAUCAGUUUUUGGGAUAAAGAUGAAGUUGUUCCCAGAGGUGUUUGGAUCGCCAUUUAUUUCGUGGUUAUGGUCACUAUCAACUUGUUUGGUGUGCGGGGAUAUGGUGAAUAUGAAUUCUUUGCUACCAUGAUUAAAGUGCUGGGCUGCAUAGGUUUCAUUAUUUGUGCAAUCGUUAUUGAUUGCGGGGGUGCACCUUCAGGUCACUAUUUGGGCGCACGAGGUUGGCAUACUCAAGAUGCAUUCAUGAAUGGGUUUAAAGGUUUUUGCUCUGUGUUUAUUACAGCGGCAUUUGCCUUCUCCGGAUCAGAACUUGUCGGCCUUGCUGCGGCAGAAACGUCCAACCCUCGUAAGCACCUUCCGAAGGCCUGCAAGCAAGUCAUUGCCCGUGUCCUUCUUUUCUAUAUCCUGUGUCUUUUUAUGAUUACCCUGAUUGUUCCUGCCGAGACUGAGUCUUUGAAUGGUAGCGGUACAGACCCUGCCGCAUCGCCCUUUGUCAUUGCCAUCCAAAUCGGUCAGAUCUACGCGUUGCCACAGAUCUUCAAUGCGGUGAUCCUAAUUUCAUGUCUCUCUGUGGGUAAUGCAUCCAUCUACGGCGCAAGUCGUAUGCUUCAAUCGUUGGCUGAACAAGGCAUGGCGCCUAGGCUUUUUGCCUUUGUUGAUCGUAAGGGUCGCCCUCUUUUCUCUCUGCUUGUUUCGCUCGCGUUUGGCCUUCUUGGUUUCCUAGUUUACUCAACAACAGAAAACACUGUUUUCAGCUGGCUACUGAGUAUUUCUGGUCUUUCUGCAGUCUUUACUUGGGGAUCCAUUUGUUUCGCGCAUAUUCGCUUCCGAAACGCAUGGCUGAAACAAGGCAACACUUUGACACAACUCCCCUGGGCCUCGCCAUUUGGUAUUAUUGGCUCAUGGGUGGGCUUUGUCUUAAACGUUUUGGUCAUAAUUGCAUCAUUCUAUUCCUCCGCUUGGCCCAUUGGUGAAGGUGAAAUGACAGGCUCUGAUCGUGCUUACAACUUCUUUGAGUAUAUGCUCUCGCUUCCGAUUGCUCUGGCCUUCUUCUUUGGUCACAAGCUUUGGUACCGGACUAAGUAUGUCCGAUUCGAUGAUAUUGAUGUUCAGACUGGUCGUCGUCGUGAUUUAAAACGUGAUCUUAAUGUUCGGCACUUAUGCUUCCUUGCCAUCGGGACAGGCAUCGGGACAGGUCUCUUUAUUGGUUCCGGGAAUAUUCUUGCUAUUGGUGGUCCUGGCUCAUUGCUCAUUAACUUUGUUCUUGUUGGAUUUAUGGUCAUUACGGUGUUGUUUUCCGUGGGCGAAAUUUUUGCCGUAUACCCCUUCAUUGGCUCAUAUGCCAACAUUAUGGCACGGUUUGUCGAUUCAUCUUUUGCAUUCUGCAUUUCUGUACUUUAUUGCAUUACAUGGAUCCUCAUUUUGCCUUUGGAGCUCACAACAGCCACUAUUGUGAUCACGUUCUGGGAUAAAGAUGAAGUGGUACCGCAAGGUGUUUGGAUCGCUGUCAUUCUCGUGUUUGUUUUUGCUAUCAAUCUUCUUGGUGUGAGAAUGUACGGUGAAUUUGAGUUUUUUGCUACCACGAUUAAGAUUGUGGCCUGCAUUGGCUUUAUUAUCUGCGCUGCUGUAAUUGAUUGCGGUGGUGCGCCCAGCGGUAAAUACCUUGGUGCUAGUACAUGGUAUAACCCUGGCGCUUUUAACAACUCAUUCAAAGGCUUUUGCAGUGCUUUUGCUUUCGCUGCUUUAUCGUAUGGUGGCACUGAAAUUGUGGGCAUUACCGCUGCUGAAGCAAAAUACCCGCAUAAGAUGCUUCCCAAGGCAGUGAAAUUUGUGGUGUAUCGAGUUUUGAUUUUAUACAUUGCCACUCUCUUUACAAUUACGUUGAUUGUUCCUUACAAUGCAUCUGAACUUCUUGGCAGUAGCAGCGACCCUCGUGCGUCUCCUUUUGUUAUCACUAUUCAAACUGGUGCCAUUUAUGCAUUGCCUGCCAUUUUCAAUGGUGUUAUUCUAAUUUCUGUUAUUUCCGUGGCAAGCUCUGCCGUGUACUCGGGCAGCCGUUUGGUACACUCCAUGGCACAAACCGGUUUCCUUCCUGUGUGGUUUGCGUACAGCGUGAAGGGUGCGCCUGUGGUCGGAUAUAUUGUUGCCUUCCUCUUCGGAAUGCUUGCUUUCUUAGUGUACUCGACGUCUAAGAAUGAAGCUUUUGCCUGGCUAGGAAGUAUUGCUGGUAUUUCCGUCAUUUUCUUGUGGUUGGGCAUCUCUAUCUCGCAUCUCCGAUUCCGUUUGGCAUGGCGUAAGCAAGGCUAUACGAACCGGGAUCUGCCAUGGGCCUCACCGUUAGGUAUCUAUGGUACUAUUUUCGGCACUGUGAUCAAUAUUUUGGUCCUGGCGGCCAGUUUCUACAGUGCGGCUUUCCCUGUUGGAGAGGGUGAAAUGACAUCUCGCGAGCGUGCCAAGACAUUCUUCCAGACCUACUUACCAGGUGCUAUCUUUGUCGUUGUUUUUGUGGGCCAUAAGAUUUGCACCCGGACCCUUCCUAUACGACUGAAAGAUAUUGAUCUGCAAAUGGGUCGCCGAGAGGCAGCCACUGAAGAGCACUUUGGUACGGAUCCUCAAUAUGUUUCAGACCCGGUUGAUCCGUUCGCUGAGAAACCUGAGGUCCUUGGUGAGAGUGAUUAUGGAAAUGCCACCACUAUGGUCCAUACCGAAAAUGGUGGUGUGGCCAUUGUCCCGGAAAAGUCUGCUUUGAAGCGAAGUCUCGAAGGCCGUCACAUUCAAUUCAUCGCCCUGGGUGGUGGUAUCGGUACUGGUUUGUUCAUCAGUUCCGGUAGUGAGCUGAGCACUGGUGGCCCAGCCAGUCUGAUUAUCAAUUUUAUUAUUGUUGGUAUCAUGCUUAUUUGCAUUAUCUUUGGUCUCGGUGAACUUGCUGCUGUCCUUCCUGUCUCUGGUGCUUUCUCUGCCUAUGCCACUCGUUUUAUUGACCCAGCUUGGGGUUUCGCUAUGGGCUGGAACUACUACCUGCAAUGGCUUAUUGUUAUGCCCUUGGAGUUUGUGGCUGCCACGAUUAUCAUUCAGUUCUGGGAUCCAAACAAAGCGGUGCCGCCCGGCAUUUGGGUGAUGAUCUUCUUCUUGGUACUCGUUGUCAUCAAUAUCUUUGGUGUUCGCGGGUAUGCUGAGUUUGAAUUUGCUGCUACCGCCUUGAAAAUCAUCACGGUCAUUGGCUUGAUUAUUGUGCUAAUUUGCAUUGACUGUGGUGGCACGCCAAGUAACAAGUACCUUGGCGCUAGUACAUGGCACAACCCUGGUGCGUUUCACAAUGCUUUCAAAGGCUUCUGUGCUACGUUUGCUGGUGUUGCGUUUGCUUUUGCCGGUACCGAGUUGGUCGGUCUGGCUGCAGCGGAGACUAAGGAGCCACGCAAGGUGCUGCCUAAGGCUUGCCAGCAGAUUGUUGUCCGCAUCAUUGUUUUCUACAUCCUGUCGCUCUUUUUGGUGUCGCUCGUGGUUCCCUACAAUGACGAGCGCCUCUCGAAUGGUUCCUCGUCGUACGAUCCCCGUCAAUCUCCCUUUGUGAUUGCCAUUCAGAUCGGCAAAAUCAACGUUCUUCCCCACAUUGUGAACGCUGUAAUUAUUGUCUCGACUCUCUCUGUGGCUAAUGCUUCGGUGUUUGCCAGUAGCCGUACCCUUCUCUCGCUGGCAGAGCAGGGCUUUGCUCCGAAGUUCCUGCGCUACGUGGACCGCUCUGGUCGUCCCCUUCCUGCUGUGACUAUAUCAUUGCUCUUUGGUCUGUUGGCCUUCCUGAUCUAUUCGGCAGAGGCACAGACGGUGUUCAGCUGGCUACUGAGUAUUUCAGGUCUCUCUGCGAUUUUCGCUUGGGGCUCCAUUUCGCUGUGCCAUAUUCGUUUCCGCGCUGCAUGGAAGUUGCAAGGCAACACGCUUCGUCAGCUGCCAUGGGCCUCGCCACUGGGCACCAUUGGCUCCUAUAUUGGUCUGGGUCUGUCGAUUCUGGUUAUUAUUGCCACGUUCUACGCGUCUGCCUGGCCCAUUGGUGAAGGUAAAAUGACACCAAGUAAGCGUGCCUACAUAUUUUUUAAUGGUAUGGUCUCGCUUGUGGUGAUCAUCAUUUUCUACACAUGCUACAAGCUCAUUUGCCGCCCUCGCAUUGUGCGUCUGGAGGAGAUGGAUCUAUACACUGGCCGUCGUGACGCUGUGAGUGAAGAGGUGCUUGAGCAGGAGCGUGCUGAGAAACGUGCUCGCCCUAUCUGGAAGAAGGUGCUCGGCUUUAUCUUCUAA